UGACGCUUCCUGUUGCAAACUGGUUUCUCGUGACAAAUCCUAUGACAUUUGGUUAGUGGAUAAAAACACCAGCAGGUGUGCAAUCAUGGCAAGCAACAAAUUCCAGAUCGUGGUGCAGGGAGAAGCAUCUGAGACGGACUCAGAUGAUGAAGUGUACAUCACCUCUGCUCCUCCUGUCCAUGCUUCAUCAUCAUCAUCAUCAGGGAUGAAGGUGGCAGGAGAGGCGUCCGAGACCGACAGCGAGGACGAGGAGGAGAGAGCUCGCAGACUAGCCUCAGAAAGCCAUCAACAGAUACUCCGCAAAGACCUGCCUCCUCUCAUCGUGAUCAGAAACACACCUGCGACUGCGUCCGGACAGGAGGACAGAUCGUCGCCUGUGUCCAGACCUGACUCAGGUAGGUUUAACACGUUACUCCAGCAGAAACUGCAGGAGAGCAAUGCGCGGUUGUGCACGGACAUCAAUCAAAGCCUCAAACAGGUGUAUCAGAACGCAGCACGGGACAUAAGACAGGCCACCGCUCACCUCAACAGCUCUCAGACAGGCAUCAUCAACGCAUCCCACAGCAUUAGACUCAUACUAGAGGACCUAAAGUCAGUGUCUGAGAAGAUCGACAUCAUUACCAGCUGUCAUCUGCUGCCGGACAUCACCAUGCCAAACCCGCUGUCUGAACAAUCCCAAUCAAGUGCUUAGGAGCACGAUGAGAUGGCUGCAUGUAUAUAAAAUGACAAAUUCUGUGAAAUAUUAUUUCUAAAUAUGGGACUGCUGAAGGUCCAAUAUUAGCCACAGCUUGGAUACAUUUUUAUGAAUUUCUUGUGUGCUACAUAUUAAUAGCAUUUGACCAACAUGGUCAUUAUUAUCAGUUAUUAUCAAUUAAUAACAUGAAAAUUUGUUCGGAGUGAUUUGUUGAAUGCACUGAGGAAACAGAUACAAUAAAUUCUGUAAGUUAAAAAAAGUAGUAAACUUGUCCAAUGUGUAAACAAAAUUUCUUAAUUUAUUUUCUCUUUAACAUACAUGUUGAAAUUUAGAUUAAUCUGUAAAAGAAAGUGUAUAUUUUAGGAAACAUACUUCUUUUUUUCAGUUCACUUACAUAGUCCUGUUGUUAAUAAAUGUAAUGAUUACUAUUUUAAUAAUAUUAAUAUUAUCGAAAUAAUAAAAUAGAUAACACGGGUCAUAAAACUUAUUUUUACAUAUAGGUUGAAAUAUGUAUCAAUGUAUGAAAGCAUAUAUUUUUGGGAAUCUUAACUAGUCACCAUUUCUUGCAAUUUUUCUUUUAUUUUAUCCUUUGCAGUUCACUUACACAUUCAUGUUGUUCAUGUAAUAAAAAUUAUUUUAAUAUUAUAUAUUAAAUAUAUAUAGCAUUUUUAUACAUAAACAAAGGAAGGUUCACAAUUUUUAAUCGCCUUAAAGUAUGACUAUUAUUACUAUUAAAAUGAUACUAAAAAAAUGAAGGUUAAAAAACUGCAUGUAGUAAUAUAAUAUUAAUGGUAAUGUAUAAUAUUAAUGUAUAUAUUUAUAUUAAAUAUAGCAUGUCACAUGGCAGGUCAAA